AUGAAGAGAGUUUCGGUUGAACGCCCAAUCGACAAUGCGAGCUCUGUCGUUGCCAGCACGUACCUGUACCUGAACGCCGAGGAGAAGGAAGCCUGGAACAAGACGAACACCGCCGAGGCGGUGGCCACGUCACGGUUGCACUACCUGGUACCAGCUAGCCGAGGAAACAUCGAGCUAUGCUACAACCUCGUCUCGUCCGCCGUCAAUAGGUAUCCCGUUCCCGCGCUGCUCGGUUGGAAUGGCACUGCCGAGUUCGACGCUGCCGGGACGCAUCUUGCCAAGCUCCGCGUCCUGAAACGCUACCUGCACUCGCUACCACCCGAGGAGGACGAUGAUCUGGUCCUUUUCGUCGACGGCUUCGACGUUAUCCAGCAGCUGCCCCCGGACGUCGUCAUCGAGCGCUACUUUGACAUUGCACGGAAAGCAGAUGCCCAGCUCGCCAAGCGGCUUGGCAUGACGGUGGAGGAAGCUCAUCGCCGAAAUCUCCGCCAAGCCAUCUUCUGGGGCCCCGACAAUUAUUGCUUCCCCAUGGAUCCGAGGGCACCUCGUUGUUGGGCAGUGCCGGCAUCGACUCUGCCAUCGCGGCCUUUUGGCCCCGGCUCGGAGAGGAGAGGCACGGUCUUCGACUAUCCUCGCUGGCUGAACUCGGGGACUUUCAUGGGCCCGGUGGGCCAUGUCAGGAGGCUCAUCGACGUUGCCAUGAAUGAGAUCGCCGCUACAUACGACGCCCGGUACCAGUUCCGAGAGUCGGAUCAGUACUACAUAGCCAACAUCUUUGGCCGACAAGAAUACUGGCGCUCCAAGCUGGCCGCCAAUGGGGGUUACGUCGGAGGCGGACCGGAGGACCGCGUCAUUCCCGAAAAGUCGGAAACCGAAGACACGGAACUUCAUGCCGCUCUUGAAUACGAAUCCGCUCUUUUCCAGACAAAGGCCGGAUAUGAGUCUUUCUUUGGUUACCUUCAGUUCAACCAAAGUCGUCGAGCGGCGAGCAUGAACAUGGACAUGUUCGGCUUGGGUCAGGAUUUUCGUCCAUACCUGAUCGAGAUGCCGUCAAACGUGUGGACGGCGCUCACGAAGCUGUACGACUCUAUUCCCGAAGCCCACCCCGGAACGGCGGCGAGCGACUGGAUCCGCACCGUCAACCUUGGCGUCAACUUCGUCACCAACCACAUAUAUGGCAUAUUGCACUGCACUGGAUCCAAGAACACGCUGGCCGCCGAGUACUCGAGCAUGUGGUGGCGUCCCUUUGCCCGCUCCCUACUCAAAGCCGCCGUCAAGUCAUCCCAGGCGGGCGAUCUGAUAUCUCCCGGGCCCAUCGACGGAAGGAUGUGGGCUGCCAAGACGUAUCUCCCAGAUAGCAAGACGCUCCCGGACGAGUACGGCGGUGCUAUGGUACCUGGCGUAGAUGGUGCCAGCUUCAUCUCAUGGAGGGACCUCUGCGGACCGUACGAGGACACUCUCUUGGGCGGCGAAGGAAAUCUGGCGAACAGAGGGUCGAGGGAGCGGUGA